GAUAAAAGCACCUUGUGAAAUCAUUCCAUUAGUACAGCCAGUGUUAUUCACAUACACUCUACAAUAACAUUAGCUGCCGUUGAAGCCCGCAUCAUAAUUAAGAAAUCGUUAGGAAGCUGUCCGUUCGCGAAGCCGUGCUAAUAGGAACUCACACUCUCUCACACACUCACACACACACACAUAUAUAUAUAUAUAUAUCUCUCUCUCUUUAUAUAUAUAUAUGACUACUUGAAUAGUGAAUAUCAGAAAAGCUAGUUACAGACAGUAUUCAAUAUGAAACAUAAAACUGUACACACAAGUAUACCCAGGGUGGAGAGCGAGCAUACCGUGCGCUUCUCAUCGUUAUCCACUCCUACGUUAGUAGGCACAUUGGUAUUGCUGUUUGCACCUGCAAUUGUAUACUCUAUGGUGUUCAGUGUUGAACUCUGGUCUGUGCAGGCCCAGAAGAUCAUGACAGCGUGUGCCGCUUGCCUAUUCCUAUCUCACUUUGGACCCAAGUACUAUGAAGAAAAUAUAGUGGAAAAUGUCAAAAUUACCUGCAAAAAAAACGCAGAGAAUAUCGCUAUAUUAAAGGUGAUUGAAAGCUCGUUAUCGCAGUAUCGGCCCACGUUUUGGGGUCUCUCGGGACAUACGCAGUCGGUAAUGUUUGCUUAUUGGCCUCUUAGUAUAGUGUUCAACGUAGGAAAGGAUUCCGCGCUACAAUUUGAGCGCGAAACACUAACUAUGAGCGAUGGGGGUAUAGUGCAACUGGACUGGGCAAACCACGACGGCUAUGAACUGGUCAGUGAAGAAUUCGGGUCAAAUAGUACCCCAUUAGGCGCGGAUCUAAAUUGGGUCAAAGAAGCACCUAUCUUGCUCAUACUGCCGGGUGUUGUAGGAAAAUCAGCAAAUGCAUACGUACAUAGGUUAGGCGUGGUAGCGAGGAAGGCGGGCUAUCGAGUAUGUGUGAAAGGAUACAGGGGUAUUGACGCACCCAUGACCGCGUUUUUGCCGGAAACGGUAUGAUUUGUAUCUGUUAAUUAAUAGGCCAGUUGACGUUCUCCUUUCAGAUCGUAUCACUGUAUAUAUAUUCCAUAUACAUUUAU